AAAAAUUGGCAACACUGUUAUUCGGCAUUCCUGGACUUUGUUUCUUAUCAAAUUUUAAAAAUAAAAUUUUAUUUUAAAAAAUUUAAAUAAAAAAACCCAAAAAUGACGCAUCUUUUCAAACAGAGUGUUUUGACAAUUUUAUCAGAGCAAUGCUACGAUAAAUAUUUCGUUGAAUUCAACAUGCUUGACGUGGAGUGCUUCAAAGCGCUGUUAAGCAAAGUUCUCGGCAUCGGAUUAAUUGCCGGCUCGAUGUUAGUAAAAGUUCCCCAAAUCAUCAAAAUCUGGAAUGCAAAAAGUGCGACAGGCAUUAACAUUGUUAGUGUUUUGCUCGAUUUGGUUGCCAUUACGUGUCAUAUGGCUUACAGUUAUGUAAGCGGCUUUCCCUUCACUUCCUGGGGCGACACGUCCUUCCUGGCGAUCCAAACGGCACUUAUUGCCGCUCUCGUUUUUCUCUACAGCGGCAAACCGAACGUUUCUGUGAUUUUCACGGUGCUUUAUGGCGUAAUUUGUUACGUUUUGAUGGGAGGAUUUACGCCGAAAAAUUUAUUGUGGUCAGCUCAGGGUUUGAAUAUCCCGAUUUUGUUGGUGGGAAAAUUAUCGCAAGCCGUAACGAACUUCAAAGCUAAGAGUACGGGACAACUUUCAGCGAUAACUUGUUUUAUGCUCUUCUUUGGCUCUCUGGCGAGAAUUUUUACCUCUGUGCAAGAAACGGGAGACUCAAUGAUGAUUUUAACGUACCUGGCUUCGUCUUUUGCAAACGCCGUAAUUGUGUUCCAGCUCGUUUUGUAUUGGAAUUCGGACAAAGUUGCUUCUGGCGAUGAAAAGAAACAAAAGUUGAAGAGCAAAAAAAUUAAUUAAAAGACUUUUUAUUUUUAAUUAAUGACUUUAGAAAAAAAUAAAAAAAUUAUUAUUUGAAAAAAAAAUUAAAAUAUUUUUU